GAGAGUGAGUGAGUGCAGAGGGACAUGAUAUCGACUGUCAGAGCUGCUCUUCCCCGCACACAACAUGGGCUCCACCGCCCAUACCACCAAAACCACAGCUCAAGCAUCAACGCAAUGCCCCGGACUCGGUUCUGUGUGGUGGAUAGCGCGUAUUGUUAAGCUAUUUGAGGUGUAAAGACGUGGAUGAUGGUGCUGUGUACUCAGGACAAGAUGGCAGCAGUAUGAGAAACACACAUCAACAUGCUGUGAGUUCAGUUGAAGUGUGUAAAAUGAUCGGAGAAGACCUGGAUUAUAUCUACUGUUACUCCGUGUGAAAGGUAUGGCCUCACAAGUCUUGGUCUACCCACCACAUGUUUUUCAAACUCAGACAAGUGCCUUUUGCAGUGUGAAGAAACUCAAAGUUGAGCCCAGGAACUGUGUUUACCAUGAGAGGGCCUACCCACAGACUUACUUGAAUAGUAGAACCCUUGGCAUUGGUUACCCGACAAAAUUCACUGCUUCGUUCAAGACACGAGAUUCUGUAAUUGGCAGACAUUGCGGGCAGGAUUUCCCACUGAAGACGGCUGCUGUACAAGGUGUGCGACGUCAGCAUACCAUUACAGUGGCACAGCAGCAAAAAGUGGGCGUCUCCUCUCAGGAAAAGGAGUCGGAGCACCAGAACAAAGCAAGGGUUUGCAGCAGUGGAGCUACAAGGGCAGCUGGAAGGGGAAGGGGAGAGGGAAGCGACAGUCAAGAAGAAGAAGGAGGUGGAGGACAGGGUGGAGUUGACGAAGGAGGUGGUGAAGAGGACGAGGGUGACCAGGAAGACUGUGGAGGUUUUGACUUGAAUUACAGCUCCCACAGAUGUGGGCUGAAACGUAAGAGCGGGGAGAUUGAGAAUUUGGGGAGCACCAUGCAGAUUGUAGAGGACCUGUCAAUGUUACCCGCAAUGUUGCAGUCAAAUGUGGGAAAUCCACCUGUUGCGGUUCCUCAAGCAGUUGGUGGAGGGCCUGCAAAGCAAGGUGGAAGUUCUGGAAAUGGGGAUGGAGACUAUCAGUUGGUGCAGCAUGAGAUGCUUUGCUCGUUGAAGAACACCUACGAGGUAUUAGACUUCCUUGGCCGUGGCACUUUUGGCCAGGUUGUGAAAUGCUGGAAACGAGGCACCAAUGACAUUGUGGCAGUGAAGAUCCUGAAGAAUCAUCCAUCAUAUGCACGGCAGGGCCAGAUUGAAGUGGGCAUCCUGGCCCGCCUGAGCAAUGAGAAUGCAGAUGAGCAUAAUUUAGUGCGAGCUUUUGAGUGUUUUCAGCACCGGAGCCACACCUGCCUCGUGUUUGAGAUGCUGGAGCAGAACUUGUACGACUUUCUCAAGCAAAAUAAAUUCAGCCCAUUACCUCUGAAGGUGAUCCGCCCCAUUCUUCAGCAGGUGGCCACUGCGCUAAAAAAGUUAAAGGGGAUGGGACUGAUCCACGCGGACCUGAAGCCUGAGAACAUCAUGCUGGUGGAUCCUGUACGGCAGCCCUACAGAGUGAAAGUCAUAGACUUUGGCUCAGCAAGUCACAUCUCCAAAGCAGUCUGCUCAACGUACCUCCAGUCACGGUACUACAGGGCUCCAGAGAUCAUUCUUGGCCUGCCUUUUUGUGAAGCCAUAGACAUGUGGUCACUCGGAUGUGUGAUUGCUGAGCUCUUCUUGGGUUGGCCCCUAUAUCCAGGAGCCCUCGAGUUUGACCAGAUUCGCUACAUUUCUCAGACGCAGGGUCUGCCAGGAGAGCAUCUGUUAAAUGUGGGGACGAAGACGUCUCGAUUCUUUUGCCGGGAGUCGGACUCGCCGCAUGCGAUCUGGAGACUUAAAUCCACAGAGGAGCAUGAGACAGAGACUGGGCUGAAAUCAAAAGAAGCAAGGAAGUACAUCUUCAGCUGUUUGGAUGACAUAGCGCAUGUGAAUCUAGUGAUGAAUCUGGAAGGCUGUGAUUUGUUGGCAGAGAAGGUUGACCGUGCAGAGUUUGUGGCUUUGCUGAAGAAGAUGUUGUUAAUAGAUGCAGAGGAAAGAAUCGCCCCGAGUGAUGCUCUUAGCCAUCCUUUCGUUACCAUGCAGCACCUGCUAGACUUUCCACACAGCAACCAUGUCAAAUCAUGUUUUCACAUCAUGGACGUGUGCUGCUCACGACCAGGCAGUUAUGAGUCUCUCAGUCGGACCAAGGCUCAGUUUGUCAGGACCAUCCCGAGCACUGGUGCUGCACCCAACCUCACCCUGCCCUUCUGCAAGGUGACCGGCAUUAACACUCAGGCUUUAGCCUCAUCUGCCCCGUCAGUGAUGCAUCCUGGAAUACCUCUUCAGACAGGAAGUGCUCAGUUUGGAGACUCUUUCCAGCAGGCACUAAUUCUCUGUCCCACAACUAUACAAGGUCUCCCACCAAACCCAAAUAAACCAGCAGGAUACUCCGUGAGCAUGGAGAGCACGGUCCCGCUGGUGACACAAGCCUCUGCUAUUCAGCCUCUACAGAUCAGACCAGGGGUCAUCACACAGCAAGGGUGGUCAAAUCGUGCACAGCAGAUCCUGGUGCCCACCUGGCCUCAGGUGACCCCAGUAGCCCCUGUGGCCCCCUCAGCAACGACAUUGGCCUCAGAACCAGUGGCAGGCCCACAGAGACUAGCAGAUUGGGGGAAAGUUCAUUCCCAUGGCAACCAUUACAGCUCCAUGAUGCCUCACCACCAGCCACUGUUAACCAACCCGAUGGCCAUGUCAGCUCAUCAGCCUAUCAGUAUAGGGAUAGCGCAUGUGGUCUGGCCACAGCCAGCGGCUAACAAGAGAAACAAACCUUCAAACAGAUGUAACAACUUUAUGCACAGCACCAACUCCCAAAACGUAUCAUGCCAGUCCCCAAAGAUGGUAGAAAGUGCCAAAAACAGAGUGGAAGAGGCAGCGGAUUGUGUGGUAGAGGCAGAGGCAGUGCAAGAGGAGGAGCCUGUGUGCUGUAAGGCGGAGCCAGAGUACGAGGACCCGACAGUGUCUCAGAAGCAGAGACAGACCAUUGUUAUCACUGAUUCUCCAAGCCCUGCAGGCAGUGUCAUCAGUAUCAGCAGUGGAACAGAUGAAGAGGGGCUGGACACUCAGAAACAUACACUAGAGUGUAAGGGGAGUCCAGAGUGUGAGGCAUGUCAGAGCACACUGAAUAUGGAGCGUGUGUGUUCCCUGAGCAGUCCUGAUUCAACACUCAGCACCAGUUCAUCAGCUUCAGAACAGUCCAGCGCAUCUCCCUGCAAGAGACCCAACAGUAUGUCAGAUGAUGAGCGUGAAAGUGGAUGUGAUACGGUGGACGGUUCACCUGCAUCGGUGUCCUCUAGUCGAGCUGACAGUCCCUUUCUGGAGGCUACCUAUAUUAAUGAUAACAACCAGAACUGCAAAGCUACUGGAACUACAGAGACCGAGUCUGCCAAGCUGCCCGUCCGCACCAUGGUGGUGCCACCUAUGCGGGUUCAGAAUGAGCCAGUGGGGCGAACGGUAAUUGAACCAUCAUGCCCACCUAAAGGGCGCACUGGUUCCAACAGACAACUACCCUACUCAACAUUACUGCUGAAUCGACAACAGAAGACCACACCGGCUUUCCCGCCCCUGCAGCCCCCUCAACAGCAGCUCUUUGGACAGGUCCAGCAUUAUGGCUCAUCCCACCAGGAGUGGAAUGGGAACUACAGUCACCGGCGACCCCAGGCAUUCAUCCCACCCACUGUACAUGGCCACACUUUCACCCUGCCUCAUGGCAGUCCCACCCACACAACUCGCCCCCCUCAAUCGCACCUGGGCGUCCACCCUCACACCCAGCCAACUUUACUGUCCUACCCCCCGUCAGGCCCCCUGGUGACAAAUGCCCCCAUGGCCCACCUCUUGGCUUCACCUGGGGCUACACGAAAUCAUGUUUUUCAACCGGCGUAUGGCCUCUCCCAUCCUGCGGGUCACCUUGUGCACCAGGUCACUGUGGGGCUCAAUCGUCUCCUACCCUCACCCACCAUCCACCCUCCAGGCCAAUUCAAACCCUUGUUCCCCCCACACUCCUUUAUUGCAUCUCCCGCAUAUGCAGGCUUCCCCCUAAGCCCAACCAAACUAAACCAAUACCCAUAUGUCUGAGACUCGCUCCACAAGCCUCUGGAGGGCCGUCAACAUGGACGAAAUGCCAUGCUCUCUGCAGAAACCACAAACCACCUGGUUCUCAGACCAUGGCGCAAGAAAGAAAAGCGGUUUCUCUGGAUCAUGUAGACUUGAGUGCAAUUAAUAUGAGCUUUAAAAAGGAAAUGUUUAAAAAAGGAAAGUCUUUUGCAAGUAGACAAAGAAAGUGCACGAUUGAGAAUCAAGUGAAUUGGAUAAAUAAGAAAAAAAAACUGUUUUGCACAUUUGAUACAUCACCUUAUCGGGUUUUCAGAUCUCUAGAUUUGAGCACUGCUCAAACAUCAACAACGGAUGGUGUCCAAAAUCAUGUGAUGGUCAACUUAUUUUUAUACAUUGCCUUUAUCUUGUAUACAACACAUAUUUGUUUGUAAAGACAGCCCAGUAUGGUGUUCACAACCGAUGAAAUGUGUCUGUGUUUUCAUGCGUUCCAAGUAUUUGUACUUCGUCUUUGGUGUUGUUUGGAAUGGAGUCUCCUAUUGGAGUUGUUUGUCACAUGCUGCAUGUGUUGCAUGAUGUUGAUCAGAGAGAAACCUAUAGGGGCUCUUUACGUGUCGACAGGCUCGCUGCAUUGUUGUCCCCAGCCAUAGUGCCUUAUAUAUCGGCAGUUGUUCGUGUUCUACUACACUAUCUUUCUCUGUGUGUGUAUAUAUAAUGUGUUUGUGUGCGUACGUGUCCUGGACUGCAGCACUUGCAAUUCAAAUCAGUCCGUGCGUUUUAGUUUUUUCUUGGUUUUGUUUUAUUUGCGUGUGCGUGCGUGUGUAUAUGUAUUACGUAUAUACACACUGGUGUAUUAUUUCAUGCAUAGAUAGGCAUCAAUGUACUGCAUUGCACAAACCGCAGUGCUUAUUUUUGGAUCCAAUGUAUAUCUGAGAUGUAGUGAGUUACUUUAUUUCUUUUUGAAAGACGGCAUGCUUUUGCUGCUGCAAAUGCUUGCUGUUGGUUUUGUUAUUUUUAUUCUUUAUUUUUCGUUGUUGUUAUCUUGUAUCUGGAUAUGUAGAGAAUAGUUUGAAUUUCUAUUGAGAAAAAUCUACGAAACUAACAGUAUUUGUACUGUUUAGUAAAACUGCAAUACAAUCUAUAUAGUUAGAAGUUUGUUAUUUCUUUUUGUGUAUUUAGUUCUUUGGGUUUGUGUGUCUGUUUGUUGUUUUGUGUGGUGGGCAUGGCUUCGACUAGAUGAAGACACAAAUGCAAAUAUCGGUCUUUGAUUCAGGGUCAUGGAUUCAUCUUAGCCUGAGCAGACCAUGCAGUAUUUGAUGUAUAGACACAUGAGUAUAUAUAAUAGAGCUAGUUUAUUUAGUGCUGAAGCUUGACACGGUGUGUUUAAGGUGUGCAAUCCUCAUUUAUGCAUGUGUGAAUCGAGUUCUUUCUUAAUUAUACCAUUAUAUCAUAUGUUGAAAGCUUGUUGGUGUCAAUUGCAUUUUAUACAUUCCGUCAGGGAGAAAUUAAAAUAUAGUGUGUGUCUCAUAUAGAGUGCUUAUUUUGUUUUUUCAGUUUGUUCUGCUUGGUUUGUGUGUUUUUGCCUCUUAAUGAAGUUGCUUGUGUACCACCAAAGACUGUAAUUUUAAAGGCUCUGUUCCAAACUUAGUGAUCUGUCCAAGCAGACAAUAUUUCAGUUUAUCAGUGUUAUACUCUUAAUGAAAAUGCUGAGAUGCUUUAAAUGGAAAAAUCCCAUUUUAGCCUUGAUAAUCCACACUGUUCAGCCAUGGAUAUAGCAUUAGAAAUGCAAAAAAACUAAAGCUUAUCGGUCACAGAAAAUUGUUGGUGAUCAUUUUUGGCUAUACAUUCUAAAGGUCAAAUUAGGUGGUUGUGACUCUUUGUUUCUCGAAACACUUUAGGCAUCAGCAGACAUAACCUUCAGUUAUGUCAUUACUUUGUAUUACAGCAAAAAAGUCCCUGGUUUGAGCCUCAGCAAUGUCGGGUCUUUAUUUGCGUAGUUGGCAUGUUAUCCUUGUAAACAUGGGUUUAGUCUGGAUACUCCAGUUUCACCCCAAAGACAUGCAGAUUAGGUGAGUUUAGGAGUCCCAACUCUUUUGUACAGACAAAAGUGGUGUGGUGUUGCUGAUUGGCUAGAUUUCCAGACUAUCUUUAAUCUUACUAGUAAAUACACAAGGUAGCUCUCUCAUGGUCACCCACUGAAGCUAAGCAGGGUUGUGCCUGGUUAGAACCUGGAUGGGAGACCAUGUGGUUGCUGAAAACUUGGUUCCUGUUGGAAGAGGCAUUAGUAUUACCAGUAGGGGAUUCUCGCCUUGUGGUCUGUGUAGGAAUAGGGACUCUAUAAUGUCAGUGAGCACCAGUCUUUGGAUGAGAAUUGAUGAUUUAAAAUCCCAGGAUGACCUUUUGAAAAGAGAACCGUACUAAGUGUGUCCAACUCAGGGCAGUCUUUAUAGUUUGGUGCUGAUUCUUUCUAAGAAAAUGUCCAAGCCAUCAGAUGCCACAGCAUUGGAACUCUGAAUAUGUGUCAACUCUGUUCUCCUGCACAGUUCGCAAUUGUGUAUUUUCAUGGACCAGAAUAUAUAACAUACUUCUGAGGCAUCCAUUGUUUGGCAUGGAUUAUACUGAUCUUAUUAAUUUCACCCCUUUGCAGCAUUCUGAGGGCUACAGCAGGACUGGUUUGAUAAAGCUUUUGUAUAGACAAAGCUUUGUGGUAUUGCUGUAUUGGCUAAAUUUCCAGACUAUCUUUACUCUAGUGAGUAAAUGCACCAGAUAGCCGUCUCAUGGUCACCCACUGAAGCUAACCAGGGUUGUGCCUGGUUUGAACCUGAAUAGGAGGCCAUGUGGUUGCUGAAAACUAGGUUCCUGCUGGAAGAGGCACUAGUAUUACCAGCAGGAGGCGCUCACCCUGUGGUCUGUUUGGGUUUUACUGCCCCAGUGUAGUCUACAAUGUCAGUGAGCAACAGUCUUUGGAUGAGAAUUGGUGAUUAAAAAUCCCAGGAUGUGCUUUAAAAAGAGUACCCUACUAAGGGAUAACCCAGGCAUCCUGGCCAAACUUGCCCACUGGCCUCUGUCCAUCAUGGCCUACUAACUAUCUCUAUAUCAUCUAAUUGGCUUCAUCACUCUGUCUCCUCUACACUAAUAAGCUGGUGAGUGGUUUGUGGUGUGGCACAGAAUGACUGCUGUGGUGUCAUCCUCAUGGAUACUCCACACUGGUGGUGGUUAAGCAGAUUACCCCCACAUCUCUAACAUUGGGUGCCCUGAAACGUGCUAUAUAAAUCCCCCUGUAGC